AUGAAUGCCAAACUGGAACGCCUACUGGGCCUGAUUGCCACAACAGCUUGUCUGGAAGAAAAUCUAUUCGUUCCUGCAAGCCCACUCAUCAAGCUCGCCGAAUCAGUAUUACCGAUCAUCAAAUUGGCGAGACUGUUCAUCAAUAAAUUAUCGAAAUGGGAAACAAAAAAUACCAAGUUCCCAUUAUUUACUGAAAUGCCUUCAAGCCAGCUGGAAAAUCUUAAAGAAGUACCUAACUUUCUCGAAACGGAUAUCAGAGGAUUACUGGUGGCCUUGGAGCAAUGUAAGAGAGCGGCUGUCGCAGAGCCCCAGGAUGCUACGACCAUCGGUCCACGCAGUACUCUCUGUCUUUGUUUCGCUAAAACGGCCAGACUUUUCCCAGCAACCUUGGAACCUGUAAGCCUUGUAUUGCCCCAUCUUCUUCCUCGGGUUCCGGACAACGACGGCUUUCCAUCCCGGGAUGACUACACGGAUUGGCUGAAACUGUGGACCGAUCAAUUUGGCUUGGCCAUAAGGCACCUUCAGAUCACUAACUACUCAUGUGCGCCGCGUUAUAUUCUUGAUAACUAUUUGAUUGACUUGAAUGAAAUAUUCCGCUAG